AUGAGACUCCUCGCCGGUCAAAAUGCUUGGAUCUUGGCGGCUGUCCUUGGACUGCAGGGCCUUUGCAACGGGAAUCCAGUUGCUCCCAAGCCCAACUCCCUAGACGCCCUCGCUAGGCGCGUCGAGGUACCUGGUCUGAACACACCAUCAGACGAAUUCCCUGCUUCGCGUCGAAAAGCGAGAGCUCGUCGGGGGGAGGAUAUCCCCCAACUAGGGCUGGGUGGUGGUUUCGGGACGGCUCAGCCUAUUGGCACCUAUGAGCAGAAAGGGGAUCAGAGACUGGCAGCCUACGAUGAGGCUCGCAAGAAAAAAACGCCAGAUACCACCAUCUUCGAUAACGCAGACGAAAGUGGCAAGAGUGGCGAUGAGCACAAGUCCUUCUUUAACAUUUACAAGAACGAGGACUACUUCGAGUUUGAUACGGAAACCAUCCCAACCACGAAUUAUCCUGAGCUGCAGGGCUUUAAGUCUGCAGAUACUGGUGUUGACCUUGGUGAUAUCAAAGAGCUGGAGGAAACGACCAUUAGGGAUGCCACUGGCGACAUGUUCAAAGAGGUCAUCAACCUCGGCGCAUACGACAAGAAAGGGAAAAUCAUCGUGGCCGUAUCGGCCUUCAAGGAGAAUAACCACACGCCCCGCGGCCGCCAAUACGUUCCCAUCAAUGAAGUCGGAUGGCAGGUGUAUGCGCACACUGCCGAGGGGAACGUGGAGAAUCUCAAAGUGAUCUUUUUGAUGAACAUACAGAACAAGGGCUUUUGGAGCAUCACGGCCAAGAACUACGAGGAGUUUGGCAAGAAGACCGAUGAGAUGGUCGUCUGGGAGGCAGGACACGGUGAUGCCUUGAAGCGAUUCAAGCGUUUCUUGGGAAGUGACAACAUCAAUGGCAAGCUGCUUGCCUUGACCAACCACCACAACGCUAUCAAGGACAAGGAUAUUGCAAAGGUGAUCACCAUUCCCAAGGACGUCCCUGGUUCGCAAGGGAAAUUCACAGCUGCUUUAGUCCUAGAAUGA